UCUUCGUCAGCUGGGACGCGGCUCGUCCCUCCUUCCCUCCCUCCUCCGCCUGCCCGCCGCUCCCGGUCACAAGGCUCCGACAGACUGCGGCUCCGCACGCAGCGGUCCGUUCGGGACGAGCUUCCGACACCGGAUCGCCACUCUUUUACUUCAUGGAGCGCAGCUGUUCGCCGACUCACACACGGACUUCUGGUAACGGAGGAUGCGGUGAGAGGCGCUGAACCGACUACUUUUCAGCGCACAUCUGGAAGUUUGCAGGUUGAAGCGCUGGUUCGUCCGGACAACGUUUGACGUCGAUCAGGUGGAGGAGCUGACGCUGCUGCGGUUUGUUUAGUUCGCGCGCGCACAACGUUUGUUUAUCAGUCACAUGGGCAGCAUGUGCCAGGAUCCUUGAAGAGCUCAAGGCCUUGGAUGAUACCUGAUCUUUGACUGCUGCCAUGCGUCGUUUCCCAGGAGCUGAAGCAGCCCUGCUAGGGUGCACCCUGCUUAUCUACCUGACUGUCAGCUUGUGCCAGCGUGACUGCACCGGUGUGGACUGUCCCCAGCUGGACAGCUGCAUCCAAGAAGUGCUGGAGAGUGGCGGCUGCUGCGCCUCGUGCUUACAAAAAGGAUGCACGUGUGAGGGCUACCAGUAUUACGACUGCGUGAAUGCUGGAUUCAAAAACGGCAAAGUGCCCGAGGGGGAAUCCUACUUCGUGGACUACGGCAGCACAGAGUGCUCCUGCCCGGCCGGAGGCGGACGGAUCAGCUGCCACUUCAUCAGCUGUCCUGAGAUCCCCCCAAACUGCAUCGAGGUCUUGGAGCCUGCAGAUGCAGGUUGCAUGCAAUGUGAGCGUGUUGGCUGCAUCCAUGGAGGGAAGAAGUAUGAGGCUGGGGACUCCUUCCACAUCGACCCAUGCAGGGUUUGCCACUGCCCCAAUGAAGGAGGCGAGCUGAUGUGCUACCCGGUAUCUGACUGUGAUCCAGAGGAAGUUCACAGACCCAUUGCAGCGUCAGCCACAGAGGAAAAUGCAGCCAGCAGACGUGACCGUUACCCUUACACGUCUGAUGAAACCAGCCACAGAAAACACCUAACCACAACGUACCAUCAUGCUCCUAAUGGGAAGGUUCCUCUGUUGGAAUCACCGCCGCUGGAUAAGGACGAGACGGGAGACUAUGAUUACGGUCAGACAGACUUUCCAGAAACCCACCCUCAGUCUCCACCCCUCACCAUCCUACCCUCCUCUUCUGACAGGGUCAUACCUUUGUUCAGAGACAGAUCGGACAGAGACUCUGCUUUCCUGAACUUUGAUGGAGAAAGCAAACUGGAGCUGAUAGAGCGAUACGGAGUCCAUGACCCUCCUGCAAACAAAAACGAAGUGACGGAACAUCCCCAGAGCACUGACAGACCCUAUACGCAUGGAGAUACCACUACUGCUUGGCAGCACCCACAGGGUUCGGCAAGUGUGCAGAGUGUUCCAUCCGAUGACCAAAGUCCACAGUCACACUUAGGGAGUCCCUGGGAUGAGCAUAGUUUGAGAAGUGUUACAUUUCCAUUAAACCAAGACUUAGGCACUGAAACACACCCAAAAUAUCCCCAGGUGGUUCCAGAGAGCGAAACAAAUCCCUCUGCGGCAUAUCAUCAAAAUGCUUCAGACAGUGUCGUACCCAGAAGGUCACACAGCCAGAGCAACGUUAGUCAUUGGGUCGGAGAUGUCGAGGGCCAAACUAAUGAGCAGAGUGGGGCAGAGUCAGAUCAUGCUAAAGAAUCACAGAGUAUAGUGGCACCAGAUAGUGAAGAAGAGGUGAAUGCAAAUGAUGCCGAAAAGGACGGGGACAACCAAAAAGUAGCUGUUCAGAGUGGAAAGGCUGUGGCCUACAACACAGAGCCAGCACAGCAGGAGUCGGAGGACAGCAGCUAUGAAAGGACCACACCCAAGCCCAGCACUGACACCCUCAGGGGACCUGAGGACAACACAACCCCCAUGGCCCCUGCCACCACCACCACCACCCAGACGCCAGUGAGGCUCGAGCUGAAGGAGAGUGGGCCCAGCACAAAGCUGGAGGAGGACGAGGCUAAGAAGAGGAACGAGCCUGUUCUGCUCAUGCAGCCUGAUGAAGGUCCAGGCGUUUCUGCUGAAGACCUGCUGCUGAACUGCUGCACGGCAGGGCAGAGAUGGGCCGUGGAAAACCACCAGUGCAACCACAUGCCUCUGAUGAACAGUGAUAGGUCAUCUACAUGCAGUGUCGCACAGAAGCAGUGUUGUCUCAGCUCAGUCAAGGAGAGUCAGUGUGAAAGCGGUAUGACAUCAGCCAGACGAGGGGACACCUGCGAAGUGGAGAAGGACCAGUGCACAUACGACUCCUAUGAGGUGUGCUGCAGCUGCUGCGCUCUUGGCUUAUGGGCUCACAGUGAAGGAAAUGGCUGCAACGCGCACCAGUACUUGGCGUAUCCCUGCAGCCACAUCUUCCUCACCUGCUGCGAGGAAGAGGAAGGUCCAAGCCAAAUCCCCCUGAAGACAAAGCAGAGGCCCAAAACAACGGCUAUGCCGAGGCGAGUCUCAGACAGCAAGUUCCCCAAGGAGGCGUUUUCCAUCAGAGGCACAGACGAAGCUGCCAAUGCGGUGGAGGAGCAGGACGAUGUGGACCAGUGUGGGCUCUACGCGGCCCAGCUGUGCCAGCACACGUGUGUCAACGUGCGGGGCUCGUACCGCUGUGACUGUCACAAGGGCUACGUCCUGCAGCAGGACAGACACUCCUGCACACCAGUCAGUCCUGAUGAAAAUAAUCGAGUCAGAGAAGAUGUCCCUGUAUUUGUCCCAACUCAGACCAGCACAAGCAGCACAGCCGAUCCAACCACCAGCAGCCCCAUCCAGUUGGAUCCAUGUGCAGAAAAUGGCCCCUGCAGUCAGCAGUGCACGGUGCUGGCGGGCUGGGCUCACUGCUCCUGCUUCCCAGGAUUCUCUCUGCUGACAGAUGGGCACACGUGUCACGAUGUGGAUGAGUGUGCGAGCGGCGCCCACAGCUGUCGGCCCAGUGAGCGCUGUGUGAACACAGUGGGCUCAUUUGUAUGCGAGCUGCAGGUCACUUGUCCCGACGGCUACCAGCUGAGGAACAGCGUCUGCGAGGACCUUGAUGAAUGUGUGCAACAGACCCAUAAUUGUGGCUCUCGCUCUGCAUGCGAGAACACGCUGGGUUCAUUUCUGUGUAAGCCCAAGAACAAGUGCAUCAUCGGCUUCUCACCCGACGCUCAUGGAAACUGUGUUGACAUAAACGAGUGCAGCGGCCUGAAUGGGCUGUGCAGCUCGGGAUUCAACUGCAUCAACACAGUGGGCUCCUACACGUGCCAGAAGAAGGUCAUCAUGUGCAGCCACGGGUUCCACGCCAGUGCCGACGGAGCCAAGUGUGUGGACAUUGAUGAGUGUCAGAUGGGGACACACCGCUGUGCCGUGGGCCAGAUCUGUCACAACCUUCCUGGCAGCUACCGCUGUGACUGUCAGACGGGCUACCAGUACGACGCCCUCCACAAAGCCUGCACCGAUGUCAAUGAGUGCUGGCGCUACACUGGCAGGCUCUGUUCCCAGACCUGUGAAAACACCCCAGGCUCGUACCACUGCUCGUGCACGGCUGGCUUCUCUCUGGCAAUUGACGGCAAGAACUGCGAAGAUGUAAAUGAAUGUGACAGAAAUCCCUGCAGCCAAGAGUGCGCUAACAUCUACGGAUCAUAUCAAUGCUACUGUCGCCAAGGUUACCACCUGAAGGAAGAUGGACACACCUGUGAAGAUAUUGAUGAGUGCUCCCAAAGCAUCGGGAACCUCUGUGCCUUCCAGUGUGUCAACACAGCAGGCAGCUACCGGUGUGCCUGUCCCCCUCAGGGCUACAUCAUGUCUGCCAACGGCCACGCCUGCAGAGAUGUUGACGAGUGCACCACCAACACCCACAACUGUUCCGUUGGACAGACCUGCUACAACCUGCAGGGAGGCUUCAGGUGUCUCUCCUUCAACUGUCCUCCCAAUUACAAGAAAGUGUCAGACACACGCUGUGAGCGGAUCAGCUGUCCCAUGCACUCUUUAGACUGUCAGAACUCCCCCGUGCGCAUCACUUACUACCAGCUCAGCUUCAAAACCAACAUCAUCACUCCGGCCCAGAUCUUCCGUAUCGGACCCUCGCCCGCCUACUCUGGCGAUCACAUAGUCAUGAGCAUCACCAAGGGCAAUGAGGAGAGUUACUUCAGCACGCGCAAGCUGAACAGCUUCACGGGCGCCGUCUACCUGCAGAGGCCGCUGCGCCAGCCCAGAGACUUCCUCAUAGACGUGGAGAUGAAGCUGCUGAGGCAGGGGACCUUCACCUCCUUCAUCGCCCGGAUCUAUGUCUUUAUCACAUCCAGCACUAUCUAACAAACACAUAAAGCAAGACUCAACAUUUCAUCUGGUGCUACUUUCUUAUAUUCAAGCAGUGUUAUAAAAUGUGGCCAGACCCAGGUUUCCUGCUGAUGUCUACUGUGUUUCCAUAGAAACCUUGUGGUAUUUCUCUGCUUGGCUAAUGUUGCUAAAGUAAUUUCUACCAUUGUUGUUAACGAUGCCUAUGCGCUGUACCAAAAUAUUAAUGUAACCUUUCUAGUGAUUAUUUCGUUGUUAUAUUCUUUUCUUAUUACUGGACAUAUCCUUGUUUACUGUAUUGUAACUAUCUCAGGGUAAAAAUCAUGCCGGCUUGUACCUUCACAUUCAUCAUUAGCCUACAGAAAUGCAGCCUGUAGAGCUUCAGCUGUCAAAUGAUAUUUAUAUCUGUAAACCAAUCGACAGGUGAUGAUCAAACUGUUGUCACGCUCAAUUAAAGGACAGCUUCCAUCUC